AUGACGUUUUCCGCAUCUCGUGCCGAGUUCUGGACCUACAUCGCACCUGGAUCUACAGAAGUUCUGGACCAGCCAGGAGCUCACGACUUCUGCGCUUACAUCGCGGCUUGGUGCUACUCUGGCCAGGAUACGCCGGAGCAUUUACGUGGGACUGCGGCAUUUCUGGGUCUACUCCCAGGAAUGACGUUUCCCGCAUCUCGUGCCAGGUUCUGGACCUACAUCGCGUCUGGAUCAACAGAAGUCCCCGGACCAGGAGCCCACGACUUAUGCAUCUGCAUCGUAGCUUGGAGCUACACUGGCCAGGAUACGCCGGAGUACUUGCGUGGGACUGCGGCAUUUCUGGAUCUACUCCCAAGUUGA